AAGAUCUUUGAUUCUUUGUUCUCUCAUCUGCCUCGUAGCCUAACACUCCAGUUUUCUCUCUCCCUAAUAUAAGUUGAGUUUUUCCGCGCGGCUCAGACACCAGUGAGCAAGUAAAGCAACAAUGUUCCUCCGCUCCGUCCGUACGUCCAUCGCGGCCGCCCGCCGUUUCUCCGCCGCAACGGCGGUCGAAAAGCCCUCGGCGAUAGGCGCAGCGACGAAAAACGACGCCGACGCGGGAGGUUCUGCCGGCAGAGAGACGCUGGGGAAGAGGCUUCUGAAGCUGAUGUACCCGAAGCGCAGCGCCGUAAUCGCCAUCAGGAAAUGGAAAGAGGAAGGCCGUACGGUCCGCAAGUUCGAGCUCAGCCACGUCGUCAAGGAGCUCCGUAAGCGCAGGCGCUACAAACACGCUCUCGAGAUAUGUGAAUGGAUGACACAAGAAAAAGAUAUCAAAUUGCAAGCAGGGGACUACGCGGUUCACUUGGACUUGGUUGCAAAAGUUCGCGGCAUACAUAGGGCGGAGAAGUUCUUUGAGGACUUGCUGGGUCCAAUGGCGGACCACUCCACACAUUCAACUCUGCUUAACAUCUAUGUCCAGAACAACUUGUCUGCCAAAGCUGAGGCCCUCAUGGCAAAAAUGUUGGAAUGCGGUUUAGUGAGGAAUCCCCAUCCUUAUAACCUAAUGAUAUCUCUAUACCUCUCAAAUGGGGAACUAGAGAAGGUUCAUGAAGUAAUUCAGGAACUGAUGAAGCAUGCUUCACCAGAUGUUUUUACUUACAAUCUGUGGAUCACUGUCUGUGCGAAGCAGAAUGAUGUUGAAACUGCAGAAAAAGUUUUCGGGGAUCUAAAGAAGGCAAAGUUAGAACCUGACUGGGUAACAUAUAGCAGCUUAGCCAACUUAUAUAUGAAAAGUGGGUUCAGCGAAAAGGCUGCAUCUACUUUGAAAGAGAUGGAGAAAAUGGUGUACCGUAAAAACCGAGUUGCAUAUUCUUCUCUCCUCUGUCUGCAUACAAACAUGGGAGAUAAGGAUGGUCUUCGUCGACUUUGGAAGAAAAUGAAGUCAUUGUUUCGCAAGAUGAACAACGCCGAGUACCAUUCCAUGAUAGCUUCUCUUCUGAAACUUAAGGAAUUGAAGGAAGCUGAGGAUCUCUAUGCUGAGUGGGAGACGGUUUCUGGGACUAAUGACUCUAGAAUUCCAAAUCUGCUUCUUGCAGCUUACAUCAACAGUGACCAAAUGGGAAUGGCCGAAAGUCUUUACAAGCGGAUGUUAGAGAAAGAUAUUGCCGCUUCUUACACUACUUUGGAGCUUCUUACAUGGGGGUAUUUGAAGCAGAAGCAGGUGGAGAAAGUGGUAGCUUAUUUCAAGAAUGCGGUGAAUAGUGUGGCAAAAUGGGAUCCCGAUGAAAAGUUUGUUAGGGAAGUAUUCAAGCUGAUUGAAGAGCAAGGGAGUGUUGAAGGGGCAGAGCAACUGUUGGAUAUUCUUAGGAAAGUUGGUCAUGUAACUACAGAGAUAUACAAUUCACUCCUACGAACUUAUGCAAAAGCUGAAAAAAUGCCACUCUUGGUUGAGGAGCGGAUGGGGAAGGACAAUGUUCAGUUGGAUGAAGAGACUCGUGAGCUAAUAAAGAUAACUAGCAAAAUGUGUAUCAGUGAAGUGUCUAGCUCUUUUCUUAAACCUUAGAUAAUAAGUGCCAAAAAAGAAAAGAAAAACAAGACGAUGUAAACUUUGUUAUCGUUUUUCUGGCUUGAUUUCAGCAGUCAGUGAUCGAGUUAUCAUUUUUUUUAAUCAAAGAAUAGCAAUAUCAAAUCUCUGUACCAAUUUUAUGUGAUGUGGCAAGUGAGUUGAUAUUCUUUUUAUUGGCACAUGUUGUUACAUCUAUUUAUACCAUCGAAAUUAUAUGUUACCAA